AUGAACAAUAGGCUGAUACAUCGUUCUGUGCGAUUUGCCACUCACAAUAGCCAGCUCUUGCUACCACCUUUGGUUCUUUACAAAAGAAUACUAAGGCAACAUAAGAUGCUGCCCGCUCCACAGAGGGAAAUGGGUGACCAAUACGUGCGAAAUGAGUUCAAACUGCACAAGGAUAUCGAAAACCCAUUGCAUAUAGUCGGAUUCCUGGCUUCGUGGCAAGAUUAUCUGCACAUGAUUUCUAACGGUGACUGGAAAGAUAUAACUUUAUCCUCGGAGACUCUUGAGAAGUUGUCCCCUGAGCAAGUAGUCCAGCUUUAUGAAUUGAUGAAGGAGACACAGAAACUCCACCAAGAUACAAAGACAGAGUCCACCAAGGACAUAAAAGGAAACGACAAGGACUAA